AUGUCAAGAAGAUCUAAUUUAUUUUGGAUUUUACUUUUAUCCUUUCUCGUCUUUUCUGCCUGCAAUGCCCAGGAAGAUGAUGAUUUUAGGGAAUUUUAUGACCCAGAUGAAGUCGAAGCUGAUGGAUUGACAUAUCGUGAGCCAGUUAGAGAAGAUUUACCUAACGAAUUUGAAAUGCCUUUUGAAAAUGAUAGCCAGCUAGCGGCCGAAGAAUCAAUUGAUGAUGAUUUUGAACCGGAUGAUGAAGAAUUUGAGGGAUUUAUUCCCCGAGCAAAAGUUGCUCCUGAAAAACCAGUUGCCAACAAUCAAAAGCCGCAGCUUAAAAUGGCUAGUGUGCCACGUCAAUUCCUACCUUGGAACAAAUACACCAUUGAGAUGGUUCUCCUAGCCGUCAUCUUAGUCUAUUUGGUGAAUUACCUCCAUGGUCGUUCCGUAAACUCUCGUAUCGCUAACUCAUGGUACGAGGCCCACCGUGACAUACUUGCAGCCAAUUUCGCUUUGGUUGGUGACAACCCAAACGUUGUGUCUGUUGCCGAUGACAAUCAAGAAUCGCCUGAUUCGAUGGAUGAGUCUAAAUCGGAUUCAAGCUUGGGUCUUCUCAGAGAUUCUGAUUCCCAGUACACUUUGUGGUGCUCGGGUCGUGUCGCUUGCCAAGGAAUGCUUAUCCAAAUUCGUCUCGCACCCAGACAAGACCUCUGUCUGGGUCUGAUGCAUUAUCUGGCCCGUCCGAAAACUGGACCCCUCUCACUUUCCUCUGAUCGGUUGAUGGUUAAAGUUGUUUUGGAUGAUGGCGAGCUAGACUCUUGGGUGUUUACCGUCGGUGUAAAGAAGUCACUUAGCGUCAUGGUGAAAGAUCACUUUGAUCUGGCCACUUAUCCUCAGGACAGAAAAGGCUUCAAAUAUGCUGGCCUGCCCGAGGGCAUGAUUGUUCUAAGUGAAAUUCCUGAAGUUACUUCUGCCAUUCUCAAUCCAACUGUAUUAAAAAUUUUCAAUGAUCAUUCGAAUAUUAUUGAAUAUGUCUACGUCAGUGAUCAGUAUUGUGGGGCUAAACCCUCUGCGGAGGAAUUGAAACCACCUAAACCGAAUGAGGUCCAGAAGGUACUUAUUUGCUCCUUCAUUCUGAAAGAAGACGAAAUCGAAAACAUGAAGCCCCUAUUCAAUUUCGUCUUCUACAUGCUUGAAAAAGUUCGCAAAAUCCGUCUCCUUAAAGAUGCUAAGGCCAGGGCAGAUAAGGCUAGAUCCAAGGUUUAUGAGAACGCAAUGAAGUCUGUCCACCAACAACGCCAAGAAGCCGCGCAGAACCGUCGAGAUGAACAGCGACGUGCCGUCAAGGAGCGUAUAAUGGCUGAGGAGGAUCCUGAAAAGGCUCGUAGAUUAGAGGAGAAGGAGCAGAAGAAGGAGAAGAAGCGCCAACAACGCGUGAAGAUGGUUAAAAUGAAGGGAAUGUGA